AUGCACCAGAAUUUGGCGGUACAUUUUCUCCUUGAAGGCCGGGACCUAUCUGUUUUAUGGCUGCGUGUAGAUAGCGAUGACCAUCCGCGAGUCUACGCGUGCCUCUAUAGGUCCCAUGGCGGAAAUACCGAUACAGACCAACUCAUGGAGCUAGUCCAAAUGGGCACAGAUUCCGUGUUAGAGCAGAUCCCUUCUGCUGAAGUCGUGGUUCUUGGCGAUUUUAAUGCCCAUCAUGCCGAAUGGCUCGGCUCACGUACCACGGAUUACGCGGGGAGAUCUGUUCAUGACUUUGCCUUAGCAUAUGAUAUGACACAACUGGUUACCUCGCCUACGCGAAUCCCAGAUGUUGUCGAUCAUUUAUCUUCCCUGUUGGACCUUCUGCUGACCACUCAUCCGGACAGCUAUCUGGUUUCCGUCGACGCCCCUUUAGGGUCGUCAGAUCACUGUCUGAUCCGGACAACAGUGCCAGUCGCAAGACGCUUACGGUCACAACCAUACAGGUCAGCGGAUUGGGAUGGGAUGCGGACCUUCUUUGCAUCCUACCCAUGGGGGCAGGUUUGCUUCAAGCUGGACGAUCCCGACACCGUUGCUGACUCUGUUGCAGACGUGGUGCUUCAGGGGAUGGAACUCUUUGUCCCAUCAACUGUAGUGCCCAUCGGUGGUAGAUCUCGGCCCUGGUUCGGACGUUCUUGCAAGUUAGCUUUACGCCACAAGCGGGAAUGUUACCGUGCCUGGGCCAAAGCGUCGGCAACGGGGGACCAUAGAUCCAGCGGGCUUAGAAUGAAGUACAACUCUGCCUCCAGGUCCUACAAAAGUGUAAUUGCAAAGGCAAAGUCUGAACAUGUGGCCAGCAUUGGUGAGAAGCUAGUGCGCCUUCCAUCCGGAACUCGCGCAUUUUGGUCUCUCGCCAAGGCUGUCCAAGGAAAUUUCUGUCGCCCAUCACUACCAUCUUUGCGCAGGGAGGACGACUCAUUGGCCCAUAUUGCAAAGGAGAAAGACGAUCUUCUGGUAUCCCUCUUUGCAUCAAACUCGACACUGGAUGAUAAAGGUAACUAG